GUUGGAGCGUAUUCAUUGAGCAUUGCGGGCGCGGAGGAGGAAGGGAGGAAGAAAUUCGCCCCUCGCUAGGAAGUUCUGUGAUGGAGGCAGCUCAUCAGGAUGAACAUUCUCCCUUACAUUGUGAAGACUCCUGUAAGAAAUAUGAUCAUAACAAGAAGGUGUCAGGAGCAAGUACUGAUAUUGAAAGACUUUAUCAAGCAGUGCCACAACUUGCAAAUAUAUUCAAAGUUAAGGGGAAAAUCGGUGAAGGUACAUUUAGUUCUGUUUACUUGGCCAUAGCCCAACUACGAGGAGGGCACGAAGAAAAAGUAGCUCUGAAACACUUGAUUCCUACUAGUCAUCCUGUCCGAAUUGCAGCUGAACUUCAGUGUCUUAUAACAGCAGGGGGACAGGAUAAUGUCAUGGGAGUUAAGUGCUGUUUUAGAAAAAAUGAUCAUGUGGUUAUUGUUAUGCCAUAUCUGGAGCAUGAUUCGUUUUUGGACAUCUUGAAUAAACUCUCCUUUGAAGAAGUAAGAGAUUAUAUGUUUAAUCUCUUAAAAGCUUUGAAGCGUAUUCAUCAUUUUGGCAUUGUUCAUCGUGAUGUCAAGCCCAGUAACUUCUUGUACAACAGGCAACGAAAAGAGUAUGCACUGGUCGACUUUGGUUUGGCACAAGGAACACCUGACACAAAAAUUGAACUUCUCAAAGUUAUCCAAUCGGAGGCCCAGCAGGGAAGUUGCACAUACAGUAAGCCUCAGAUAACCUUGGAAAGCCAGGUUUCUGUGACUUCCAUAGCACCAUCCAGACAGCUAGUUCAUCAGUCAGCUGCAAAAAUGGCUAAUAAAAGGCCUUGCUCUGUUUCACAAACACAGAUUAAACAAGGACACAAAAGAAAGGAGGGACUUGAACGCCUUUCUGUUCAGCGCUCUGUAUUUGGAGAGAGAAAUUUCAAUGUCCGAAGUUCUGCAUUUCAUGACCGUUCCACAGUUAAACUCAUAAAGCAGUCCAGGGUGGCAGAUAUUGCAUCUAGAAAAUUAACAGUGAAGAAGAAGACAACUUCAGCUGUGAAUAAUGGCUUAGCCAGGAAGGCUGCCAGCAGUUGUCCAGCUAAUUUGACUUGUGACUGUUAUGCAAAAGAUAGAGUCUGCAGUGUUUGUCUUUCAAGGCGCCAGCAGGUUGCCCCAAGGGCUGGAACUCCUGGAUUCAGAGCACCAGAGGUACUAACUAAGUGUCCUAAUCAAACUACAGCAAUUGACAUAUGGUCUACAGGAAUAAUAUUUCUUUCUUUGUUGAGUGGCCGGUAUCCAUUUUACAAAGCAAGUGAUGAUUUAACAGCCUUGGCACAGAUUAUGACCAUUCGUGGAUCCAAGGAAACGAUUCAAGCUGCUAAAACAUUUGGUAAAUCAAUACUUUGUAGCAAAGAAAUCCCAGCACAGGAUUUAAGGAAGCUCUGUGAACGGCUCCAAGGAAAAGGUACUUUCACCGACGUUUCAACAUGUGAUGUACAGAUUGGUCCUUCUCUGGAACCUACUUUGCCACUUGACAUUUCAGAGUCUGCAGUUCAGCCACACAAAAAACAGAUACAAUAUGAGAAGCAAACUUGUCAUGAAGGUGAUGGCAUAGAUAUUAAGGCUAUGGAAAAGACACCUGAUCUGAAAGGAUGGGACAAAGUUCCUGAUGAGGCCUAUAACCUUCUUGAUAAACUACUAGACUUGAAUCCUGCUACAAGAAUAACUGCAAAGGAUGCUUUGCUGCAUCCUUUUUUCAAAAAUACGAAGCAAUGAAAAGACACGACUCUGUAUUGUGUAUUUAUAAGUAAUACAAACUGGAAUUCAUUAGACAUAUCUUUAAAUGAUAUUAAUCCUCUCAAAGAUCUUGCUUCCACCUAUUUGGGCUUCAGGGUAGCCUCUGUACUGCUGUAACUGAAGUAAAUACAUUUCUGUUUAUGGGACAGAUUUUUUUCAUGAUAUAUUGAGCCAUGUCCAAGUGCUUUUGAUUCUGUUGUACCAUUGGGGGUACAUCUGUAGCUGUAAUGAACCCCUGCAGGCCAUUUGUACCCUAGAAUGGUGCUGGUGCAGUCUGUAUACAUAGCCAGGAGCAAUAUCUGCUUGGGGUUCUUUUGUACCAUGCUGCCUUUGAUUUCUAGGAGCACAUCUGCUUUCAGCACAGUUUCUAAUAGUACAACCCUCUCUUAGAUAGCUGAACAGUGAGUUAGGUGACAGAUAACCAAUGUAAGACUAUGACAGAGGAAAAAAUAACUUUUCAUGUACAUAUUUACUUGGAUUUCUCACCUCACAGAUGUAAAAGCUGGUAACAAUGAUAAUUUAUGUUCCUCUCUAAAAGGCAUAUAAUUUGCAUUGAAAGAUAUAUAAUUUGGAUUGCAUACUGGUCAUUUUGGUGUGCCACUGGUCAUUUUGAAUAUUGCACACCCAGUCACAGCCUGUUGUCCUUUUCUAAACAAAGGACCUAUACAAGAGUUGUUUAACAUUCACACAAUAUACAUUCCUUGGAUUUACACAACAUGACAACCUGACCCCACAUAUGCAAAUCUUGGCCAGCAAACCCCUAGCCCACAAUAAUUUAAAUGACCCUAGGUGGGCUAGAGUUGUUUUGAACCUGUGAACCAGGUCAUUGCUCCUCUUUGCUAGAAGAAAUUGAAAAUUAUGCAGUUUAGGGAGCAUAUAAUAGUGUUUUUUAAAGGUUUAUGUAAUUAAACACAUGUUGGGUGUCAUGUGAAGUAUCUGCAAACAUAACUGCUGUAGUAACUUGUUAAUAUUCAGAUUCAAAAACUCUGCUUUCCUUUCCCAACUUUCCUUCUUUCCUACCAAUUUAGUUAUCAAGACUUACGUAAUUUUCAUGCCAUUAAUGGCUACUGAAAUUAAUAAGGAGGGCAUCUCAUAAUAGAGAUUUGCUUGUUGUGAAUCAUUGAAAUAGCAAACAGUGAUGUCCAUGUAUUGAAAUGUUUUAUCUUAGGAAAUAUGACCCUUUCUCUCCAUAAACUUAAAAGGUUUAGACCAUUCCUUUGUGUUAUAUAGUUCAUAUUUUUUCUUAGAAAAGCAAUAGAAAUGUAUUGCCAAUGCCUAUCCCUCUGGUUUUUUGCAUAGCACAUAAAAUUGUUAGAAUGUGUUAUAAACUGUGAUGGCUUUGCCAGAGUAACCAAUGUAUCUUUUAUCAAAGUAAGAAUUAUCUGUAUUUCAGAAAAAUAUUAAUGAGCAACAGGAUUUCUUGAGACUCUCCCCCUAUUUUCUUUGUUAUUAAAAAAACCCACGCUUUUCAGGUAGCUUCACUACACCAUAACUUGCCAUUAUAUUGAAUUUAGAAAGGAAAAUAAGAUAAUUAAGGGCAUAAUUGUGCCCUAAGACUACUUCCAUUUUGGUAAAUUGACCUCAGUUCUGAGCCAAACACUAAUCCUAAACAAAAGGAUUAAAAUGCAUAUUCGUGCAGUAGUCAUCCUGGCUCAAAAAUGCAUUUUUAUACUAAUAUCUGUGGAGGGAAGGUCAUGUUUGACCUAGGCUACAGCAUGUUGGAAUGCAUCCCUGAGGCCUAUAUGAAAUGCAGUCAUGUUAGUAGAGGGUUAUGUUCAAGGGAACACAACAAAACUAGGGGUAGUGUUAGUCUUGCGGCAUAAAGGGUAUGCAUGUGCCUCUAUUUCCUACAGAGCAGAACUGCUUUUGCAAGAUGUUUACUUGUCCAAAACUAGAAUAUCAGAAGUAUUUUUAUUUUUAUAGAGAAAUUUUGAUAAAACUUGUGAAUCUUAUUUACAUUGAGAGAAGGGGUAAAUAAAGUUCAUUUUCAAGUAAUUCAUCAAUUAAAGAACUUCUCAGUAUUGUUCCCAAUCUGCAUUUCAUUUUCAUCAUUAAAAUUUGUGUAAGUGAAGCUAAGAAUUACAAUACAAGCACAUAAUUACAUCAUUGGUCCUGUUCUUCUGAAUAAGAUGAGUAAACAUGGAAAUCAUCAAAAUUGCUCUAUUGGUACCUCUAGUAUUUGUCAUUUUGUGCAAAAUAUCAAGAUGCAGGUUCUUAAGGUAACUCAUGUCUUACACCACCUCAGUAAUUCUCUCACAGAAGAAAUGAUGCUACUCAUCUUAACACUUUCUAAAUACA